ACAUAAUCUAUAAGAGGGAGCGAGUGGGUGUACUGAUAGACAAUCUAAGAGCAAGAUGUCAGGGGAUGAGGAGUUCUAUCUCUUCAAAAACAUCUCAUCAGUGGGACCAUGGGAUGGCCCUCAGUACCACAUUGCUCCUGCCUGGGCCUUCCACUUCCAAACGGCUUUCAUGGGUUUUGUCUUCUUUGUAGGGACACCCCUCAAUGCUGUGGUGCUCAUUGCUACACUUCGUUAUAAGAAACUGCGCCAGCCACUCAACUACAUCUUGGUUAAUGUCUCCUUGGCUGGUUUCAUCUUCUGCAUCAUCUCUGUCUUCACUGUCUUCAUCUCUAGCUCCCAGGGCUACUUCAUCUUUGGCCGCCAUGUUUGUGCUAUGGAGGCUUUCCUGGGCUCUGUGGCAGGAUUGGUGACGGGCUGGUCAUUGGCCUUCCUUGCCUUUGAGCGCUUCAUUGUCAUCUGUAAACCUUUUGGCAACUUCCGCUUCAACUCCAAGCACUCGAUGAUGGUGGUUCUGGCUACUUGGGUCAUUGGCAUUGGUGUCUCCAUCCCACCCUUCUUUGGCUGGAGCCGGUACAUUCCCGAAGGCCUACAGUGCUCCUGCGGCCCUGACUGGUACACAGUGGGCACAAAAUACCGCAGCGAAUACUACACUUGGUUCCUCUUCAUUUUCUGUUUCAUUGUGCCUCUCUCCCUCAUCUGCUUCUCCUACUCCCAACUGCUGGGAGCCCUCAGAGCUGUUGCAGCCCAGCAGCAAGAGUCAGCUACAACACAGAAGGCAGAGAGGGAGGUAAGUCGCAUGGUGGUGAUGAUGGUGGGUUCCUUCUGCCUCUGCUACGUACCCUAUGCUGCCCUGGCCAUGUACAUGGUCAACAAUCGGAACCACGGGCUGGACCUGCGGCUUGUCACCAUCCCUGCCUUCUUCUCUAAGAGUGCUUGCGUCUACAACCCCAUCAUCUAUUGCUUCAUGAACAAACAGUUCCACGCCUGCAUCAUGGAGAUGGUAUGUAGAAAGCCAAUGACAGAUGACUCUGAAACAUCCAGCUCUCAGAAAACUGAAGUCUCCACUGUUUCCUCCAGCCAAGUUGGCCCUAGUUAAGGGAUCCCAUAGUGGCCCUUAACCGGAGAAACCUGCCUGGGUACAAGUUUUUAAUUCCUUUGUCUCCCCUGCUCUAGACUGCUACAAGUUGGGUGGCCACAUGGGGGAAGAUCGAAAUGGGUGUUCAUUAUCCUUUUUCUUCAUAUCUUUUCUACUCUCAUCUUAAUGACAGGUGAUGGUUCACAGCCUUUUUUUUUUUUUUAAAGGCAAUUGGGGUUAAGUGACUUGCC